GUUGACUCAGUCUAGUAAACCAGCGCUCGUUCUGAAGUGCUCCACAUUUUUUUUCGCUCUUUAAUAUCACCUUAAAGGUAAGGGAAUUGGCAGGGCCAGGAGCUGAGAAUCGACCUUGUAACGACAUAAAAGUAUGGAGCUGAGGAACAUAUUAGGUAGAAGUGCUUACCUUGGCCCCGGCAGCUCCAAGAUGGACGUUAUCAACGAAGUUGUCAAAAAGCCCGGCCAAGAUAAAGCCUUCUAUGUGCUAGAUAUUAGCGAGGUGGUGGAGAGGGUGAAGCUGUGGCGACAACUGCUGCCUAGAGUUGAUAUCUUCUACGCAGUGAAAUGCAACAGCGAACCAAUUGUGUUAGGGUUGUUGACUGCUCUGGGGACUGGCUUCGACUGCGCCUCCCAG